AUGGCCCGGGAGCUGAGCCAGGAGGCGCUCCUGGACUUCCUGUGCCAGGCCGGGGGCCGGGUGACCAACGCCGCCUUGCUGAGCCACUUCAAGGGCUUCCUGCGCGACCCGGGCGCGUCCCCCGCGCAGCACCAGCGCCGCCGCGAGCUCUUCAAGGGCUUCGUCAACUCGGUGGCCGCCGUGCGCCAGGACCCCGACGGCACCAAGUGCGUGGUCCUCAAGAAGCGGUACCGGGACCUGCUGGGGGAGGAGGGGCUGCAGCGGCCCCGGGGCCCGCCUGCCGCCGCCGGCCCUGCGGGGGGAGCUGCGCCCCGCGCCCCGCCCCGCGCGCGGCAGCCGGGGCCGAGGCCUCGGCCGGAGCAGGAGGAGCAGGAGCAGGAGGAGCAGGAGGAGGAGGAGCCAGCAGGUGCCGCAGCCGCGGCGGCCGCAGAUCCAGGUUGCAAUGGACUCUCCGCCCGGGAGGCGGCCCGGGGAGGCGGCGGCGGCCGAAGACGCGGCGGCGGCUCCGAUCACCGGACGCCGGUGCCCGCGGUGCCCGCUGCCCAGGUCGGAGCGAGAUGCGCGGCGGCUGAGGCGCAGGGCCGCUGCUGCUGGGAAUGCCUCCAGAACGGCCUGGGGGGGCUCCCGGGCCAGCCGCCGGCCGGAGGAGCUCUCCUGGUCCCCGCCACCGCCACCGCCUCCGUCACCGCCCGGGAGGAGCCGGCGCGGGCUCCCGCUGCCCCCGGUGACCGCAGGGCCCCCGGCCCGGAGCGGGGAGGCGCUCCCGCCGAGCCCGCGCCCGCGCCCGUGACCGUGACCGUGACCGCAGCGCCCCGCUCGCCUCCUGCAACCGUCGAGGCUGCUGGCAGCGCGGCCUCCCCGCCGGCCCUCCGGCCCAGCUCUCCUCCUCCUCCCCCCGGAGACCCGCCGGAGCUGCUGACCCCGGGCGACCUGCACUACCACUCCAGGCAGCAGCGGCGGCAGCUGCAGCAGCAGCAGCAGCGCACCCGGGAAUGGGUGGCCAGGCACCCCCACACGCCCGAGGCCCGGGACCAGGGCCCCACCAGAGCCUGGUCGGUGCUGCCAGAGAACUUCCCUUUGGAGCUGGGCUUCGGGGUCCCAGAAGCGAAGUCAGCGCCUUCGGACCCUCCUGGUUCCCCUUAUUCGCUCUUCCCGGCUGUCCCCGAAUCCUGCCCCGGGAACCCCCCGUUGGCGGUCUUCCGCAGCAUCCGUUCCCAGCUGUCCCUCCAAGAACUGGAUGACUUUGUGGACCAGAACAGCCACAGCAGCGAGGAGAGCAGCAGUGGGCCCAAAGAGUCCCCGGGGGGUUCCGAGGAGGGGCUGCCCGGCGGCGCCGUAGGGACCCCAGAUUGGAGAGAGCUCAGGAGUUCAGCUGGCAGCCUUGCCCCGAAGGAGGGCGGCUGCAGUGGGAGCCCUGCAGGCCUCAGACACAGAGGGGAUGGUGGGCACACCUCUCAGCCGGUGCCAGCUGGGGCCAAUGGUCUCGCCGCCCGCCAGCCCCAGGAGCCUUUGCCCUGGCCGGCUCCCAGGUUCAGGAGAUCCUUCAGGAUGAGCUCUCGGGCGGGGAGAGCCAGAUUGUCCUCCUCCGAUGAGGAGGGUCUGGAGGAGGACUUGCUGAAAAGGAGUCGGCGCCCACCACGGUCCAGGAGAUCCUCCAGGGCAGGAACAACGGCGUCCAGCCCCAGGCUGGAUGCUGCGUUGAUACCAAGCCCUGCUGACCUGAAGGCUGCUGUUGCUGUGAGGGGUCGGCUACCCAGCGCGGGGGCCCCAGGCAGGCAGGCGCCUGCCGCAGCCUUGGUGCCGCACAGGCCGGAGCACAGGCCGUCUGUGGUCCCCCUAGAUGCCAGGGAGCACCAGUGGAUGGUGAAGCUUGCCACCGGCUCCUGGAUUCACGUGCUGGCCUUGCUCUGGGAGGACCCGCAGCUGGCUUUGCACAAGGACUUCCUGACUGGGUACACCGCUCUGCACUGGAUCGCCAAGCACGGUGACCUCAGGGCCCUGCAGGACUUCGUGGGCAGUGCCCAGAAGGCAGGGGUUGCCCUCGAUGUGAACGUGAAGUCCAGCGGCGGGUACACCCCGCUGCACCUCGCAGCCAUCCACGGCCACCCGGAGGUCAUGAAGCUGCUGGUGCAAAGGCUGGCUUCCCGGGUGAACGUCCGGGACAGCAGUGGGAAGAAGCCUUGGCAGUAUCUGACCAGUAACACCUCCGGGGAGAUAUGGCAGCUCCUGGGAGCCCCUCGGGGCAAGCCUAUCUUCCCCGUCUUUCCCUUAGUCCGAAGCUCUUCCCCCACCAGGAAGGCCAAGAGCCGAGACCUAUCCAGACACGUUACCCGAAAGACUUCCCUCGCGGCGCUUCUCAAAAGUCAGCACAACAAGUGGAAGUUGGCCAACCAGUAUGAGAAAUUCCCCACUCCGAGGGGAAGAGAGGAGUACAGUGACUGA